AUGGGUGAGGUUUAUAGGGUUGGUGACUCUACUGGAUGGACAAACAUUGGCCAUGUUGAUUACAAGACUUGGUCGGCUAACAAGAACUUCCAUGUUGGAGACUCAAUCCUUUUUCAGUAUAACAAUCAAUUUCACAACGUUGUACGAGUGACCCACAAAAACUUCAAUGCAUGCAAUGCAACAACUCCUUAUGCCAACUUCACUACUGGCAAUGACUUAUUCACCAUCAAAAAAACCGGCCACUUCUACUUCAUUUGCAGCCUUCCUGGCCACUGCCAAGAAGGACAAAAGGUUGACAUCAGGGUCGUCACAGGACAGACUCCGACCCCUGCUCCAGCUCCUUCCGACCCAUCGCCACUGCCAUCUCCACCACCAUCUCCGGCGCCUUCACCUUUAGCUGGAAACGUUCCCGGUCCUCGCAACAGUGGUCUUGCUCUUCCUUUAACCAAGGGAUUGCUCGUUAGUAAGCUUGGAUUGUCCUUGGUGGUUCUAGCAUUUUGUGGCUUUGCUUAUUAG